GGCGGCGUUCAAACCACGCACACACGAACGAGCGCUUCACCGCAGGAUUUCUACACCCAGUCCUCCCACCAUCAGAUCCCGCCUCCGACGUGGGGGAAAGCAAACCUUUUUUUUUUCCUACAACAAACUCGAUCAACAACUAUUUGCACAAGCUGCGCUGGGUUCACCGUGGCGGGUAAUGCUGGUGCCGAGCCGCAGGAGCCGCUCAGAGUAGAGACGUGGACCUCGUCAUGGCAAACAAGGCUCCGGGCGCCUCUGGACGCCUUCUCUUUGCAGCAAUGGCCAUUCUUGCGGGGAUUGGUGUGAGCGCCCAGCAUUCUCGGGACCGUCUUUACCGACCGGCCAGGAACUCGGGGCCCCUUUCGGGGCAGAGGAUGUAUCUCAGCCCCGAUCAGCUCCGACGGCUCCACUUCAAGCCGACCGCGGGCUUCCUCCGGCUGUCGGACGGCCACGAGGCCAAGUUCAACUGCUCCAUCAACAUCCCCGACGACAGGCUGGAGCCCUCCAUCACGUGGCUGAAGAACGGCCAGGACCUGGCCGCCAACGUGCACGUGGUGAUCAACGAGCUCCAGACGGUCGCCAGCGACAGGGUCGCGACGCUGCUCUCCACCGUCAGCAUCAACCCCGCGCAGAGGGCGGACGCCGGCGAGUACCGCUGCAGGCUCCACAUCGGCUCCAUGAGGGUGGAGUCGCAGCCCAUCGUCCUGGAGCUGGAAGGACUCCCAACGUUCAUCCGGGAACCAGAGGACAGGAACAUAACCAGAGACGCAAACUUUACUCUGUCGUGUGAGGCCGUGGGACCCCCAGAGCCUGUUGAGAUCCGCUGGCUGAAGGACGGAUCACCUUUUACUGGUUUCAUUAGGUCUCCCAGCACCUACACCAUUACAGGUGUGAACAGAUACAGUCGCUUCAGCUGCGAGGCCCACAACACGAAGGGCGUCUCCACGUCCCGGGAAGCGAGCAUCAACAUUAAAGUGCUUCCCAGCAGCGUCUCUGAUGUCACCGUGGUGGAGAAGCAGUCCAAUAAGUUCAUCUUGAGCUGGACGCCCGGGCAUGACGGCUUCUCGCCUCUUAGCAGCUGCCUCAUCAGGGUCAAGGAGGUGAGUCGGAGGAAGGGGGAGGUGACCACCACCCGGCUCGUCAACGUCACCGUGCCUCCGUUCCAGUGCGAGGUGCCGGGGCUGCAGGCCGUGACGUGCUACAACCUGAGCGUCUCCUGCAGCAACGAGCUGGGAGCUUCUCCGGGCUCCGCGUGGACGCAGAGCAACACCACGGAAGGAGUGCCCUCGGUUUAUCCUCGAAACGUCAGCGUUCAGCUGAACGAGUCGUGGCUGGUGAUCACGUGGAAGCCUCCACCGGACGAUAAGAUAAAUGGCAUCCUGCGCGGUUAUGAAGUUACUAUUAGGCACGGGAAAGAGAUGAAGAAGAUCCACAGUUACACCAGCACGGUCUUUGAAGCCGUGCAGGAAUUCAACACCACGUACGGCGUGGCGGUGGCGGCGUGCACGGGGGCGGGCAGCGGCAUGGCCAGCCCAUGGGUCUGGCUCUUUGUGCCGGGGGACAAAUCCACUGUGGCCCCAUCGUCCAGCCCAGAAACUGAGGUUCCAGGCUCCGUCUACAUCGUGCUGGGCGUCGUGAUUGGCUUCUGUGUUGUGAUGCUUAUCAUCUGGGGGGUUAUCUGUGUACGCAACAGGACCUCUACCUACUGGCUUGAGAGGCUGUUUGGAGGUGGAGAAAAGCUGCCUGUCAUUCAGUACACGCCUCAAAAGUCCUACAAUCGUUCAGCCAUACAAAUUACACUUGGAAACCUUGGCGUCAGUGAGGAGCUACAGGCCAAACUUCAGGAUGUGAUGGUUAUGAGGAGCUUGCUCACCAUAGGGAAGGUUCUUGGAGAGGGGGAAUUUGGCUCCGUCGUGGAAGGACAUUUAAAACAACCGGAUGAAACAUCAGAAAAAGUUGCUGUAAAAACAAUGAAAUUGGACAGCUUCUCUCAGAAAGAAAUUGAGGAGUUCCUGAACGAGGCCGCCUGCAUGAAAGACUUCAACCACCCCAACGUCAUCCGGCUGCUGGGCGUGUGCUUAGAAGUGGGCGUGGGACACUUUCCCAAGCCCAUGGUCAUCCUCCCAUUCAUGAAGUAUGGAGAUCUGCAUAGUUUCCUGCUGCGCUCACGCCUAGGAGAAAGUCCGAUGUUCUUGCCCACUCAGACACUUCUGAAGUUCAUGGGCGACAUCGCUUCGGGGAUGGAGUAUCUCAGCGGCCGCAACUUCCUGCAUCGCGACCUGGCGGCACGCAACUGCAUGCUGCGCGACGAUAUGACGGUGUGCGUAGCCGACUUCGGGCUGUCCAAGAAGAUCUACAGCGGAGAUUAUUACAGGCAGGGCAGAAUAGCCAAAAUGCCCGUGAAAUGGAUCGCGGUGGAGAGUCUGGCCGACAGAGUCUUCACCAUAAAGAGCGAUGUGUGGGCAUUCGGUGUCACCAUGUGGGAGAUAGCGACGCGAGGCAUGACGCCCUACCCCGGCAUCCCCAACCAUGAGAUCUAUGACCACCUUGUUGAGGGAAACAGACUGAAGCAGCCUCCAGACUGUUUGGAUGAGUUGUAUGAGAUCAUGUACAGCUGCUGGAGGGCCGACCCACUGGACCGACCUUCCUUCGCCCAGCUCUGCGAGAGGCUGGAAAAGCUGACGGAAAAGCUUCCGGAGUCUUUCAGCAGGGACGAUAUCAUCUAUAUUAACACCAGCUUUCCUGAAGGGGACCCCGACGGGGAAACGCUUUCUGCUGAGCUUCCUGUAGAACUUCCUGUAUUCAGCUCCUCGCCCUCUUGCAGCCGUCAGGCGGCAGAACGUUCAGUGGUCACUGUGGACAUUCACGGGAGCCUGGAGGACGAGGAGGACGAGAACGACGGCCGCUAUGUGGUCGUCGUCUCCAACCCCGCAGCGAGAGCUCCAGCAGUGGACACUCCUCUUUUGCCAAGUGUUGCUUUCAGGGAGGAUAAUGGAGACAUUGUUAUGGAGGCAGCAGGGAUGGACCACAGCUCCAGUGACACUUCACGCCUGCUGUAGUGAUUAAAACAAUUACAUGUGCAAAUAAGCUCAUUAGACACUGAACUGUGAUUUUUUUUUUCCUCUGUGCUCAAAUUUAUGUUGACGUGUAAAUAUAGACGUGUACAUUUAUGAUGAUUAUAAUGACCUUUACAAAGAAAUUAUUUUGGCCUCAUUUGAGAUUUUGAUAAAUAUUGCUUUUAUCGGUUGCCAGUAAGAUUAACUGUUUGCCAGUAACUACAUUAAUUAUGUUGUGUAUGUAUAUUUUGGCAUAUAAGCAAAUCAGACAUGGGCUGCCCCUUAAUGCAUGAAUUGUCAUAAAUAAAUAAUAUGUUGUUCACCAACAUUAACUAUCAGCCUCACUGUCAUGUGGAAUGAGAGUGGAAACAUUUGUGUUUUGGUCAUCGUUUAAACAUAAUUAGGAAUGUAAAAUUGUUUUUCAAAAAAGUUUUGUUUUUCAUCGACAGAAUUAUCAUCAUCGUUAUAAAACGCACAAUUCAUGCAUCCAA